AUGCCAAUUGUCUACAAUUUUGUCGACUCCAUCCACCAGCAAACGAAACGAGACAUGACUUUCUGCAAAUCCACCGCCAGAGACAUCAUGUCUGAAAUCAGUCACAAAAAACCGAUUGCCGCCGCGAUAGCUGGCAACCUCACCACAAUUCGUAACAAGCGUCAAGCGGUCGGAUGCGCCGGGUGCUGCAAACCAGGACACCCAGGACGUCCAGGUCUUCCAGGCCGUAACGGUAAACCAGGAGUUCCCGGAGCGCCAGGACGGCCAGGAACCCCUGGAAGACCUCCAAUCGUUUGUGAGGAGCAAGACAUCCCACCGUGCAAUCCAUGCCCACCUGGACCACCAGGACCACAAGGACCAACUGGAACCAGUGGACAACCAGGGCGACCAGGAAAUCCAGGAAGACCGGGAUCUCCAGGAACGCCAGGGCCUGUUGGACCAAACGGAGCGUCCGGAGAUACGGGAGCUCCAGGAAACGACGGAGAGAAAGGAGAAGCAGGACGGCCUGCACAAUCCACACCAUCCACACCUGGAGAACCAGGAAAUCCAGGAGAUGCAGGAGCCACUGGAGCACCAGGAGACGAUGGAGCACCUGGAAGAGACGGACAACCAGGACAAUCCGGACCACCAGGACCACCUGGACCACCAGGAAAUGUUGGACCAGCUGGACCAGCUGGAAAACCAGGACAACCAGGACUUCCAGGACCACAGGGAGAGAGAGGAAUCUGCCCCAAAUAUUGCGCUCUCGAUGGAGGAGUUUUCUUCGAGGACGGAACCCGACGAUAG